GGCCCGCGGCCGCGGCGACAUGGGGGGGCGCGGAGGAGGCGACGCCGGAAGUGGCGGGGGGACGGGUCCCACCGAGGGCUCCUCUCCGCCGGCGGCGUCCACCCGAGCGGCGGCGCGAGCCAAGGCGCGGGGGGGUGGGCGUGGCGGCCGCCGGAGCCCCGCGGCCUCUGUUCCCGCCGGGAGCCGGGCGGCGCCGCGCCGCUCCCCGCCGCCGGCUGCCAUGAGCGAGCGCCUCCGGCCCAGGAAAAGGAGAAGGAACGGCAGUGAAGACGACCACCAUCUUCCCCCUCAGACCAAGAGAAGCAGUCGGAAUCCCGUCUUCCAUGAGUCCUGGGACACAGAGUCUUCCAGCAGCGACAGCGGCGGCAGCAGCAGCAGCAGCAUCAACAGCCCGGACCGGGGCAGCGGGCCGGAGGGCAGCUUGAACCCCAUCGCCGCCGGGUCCAGCCCCAACACGCCGCAGCCGGCGCCCGAGCAGUCGGCGCUGUGCCAGGGCCCGUACUUCCACAUCAACCAGACGCUCAAGGAGGCGCACUUCCACAGCCUGCAGCACCGGGGCCGGCCGCCCACCUGACCCGCGGCCUGGCCUUCUGUGAAGGGACAGCGCCCGCGCACUGCAGACCCCUCCCGGAUGUUGGAAACUUGCACAAAGAUGCCUGUUGGCUUUUCACUCUAUAUUUGAAAUAACAGCUUAACAGGCGGUUGUUUACUUGUGGUUUUGCUGCACUAUUGCAAUUUCAAAGGGGCUUCGGAGCAAUUUUUUUAUAGGAAUCUUUUGAGGGUGGGUCUCAAUCUCUGUCAAGGUUAACAGUGUAAGGAAAUCUCAUCUGCGUGUUGAACCCAUAGUUUGUCUAAUUCAGACCCAUUUCCAAACCUGUCCAUUAGAAAUUCUACUUGAUGUAAAAAAGGCCUUUUAAAUGCGGGAUCUUCCAAUUUUUUUAAUUCAAUAAACUAGUAAAGAGUAUCUAGUUUCCAUGGGGAAAAAAACCAACAACAACGUAAGUUUUCUUUGCAGACUGUAGAACGCUUGUUCAGCCUUGGGCUGAAACUGUCCGCCACGCUGCCUUAGUCCAGGGGCCCGGCCCCGCCCCACGGUGCCAGGGAAGCGGCUCCCUGAGGACUGUCACUCCCCCCUGUGGGGGUCAGGCCUGCGGAGGCUGGUCACUCGGUGCCUUUGUCCUGCUCGCACAGCCGAGUCACCAGCAGCUUCUGUUGAGCCCAGGGGCGGGAGUCCCUGGAGGUGCUGAGAACCGGGGGCCCUGACCACCCCCCAAAGCCAUCCAAGGCCCACUGGGGCCGGGGGGCUCCUGGUGAGGAUGACAGAGGAUCUGGGGGACAGAGCAGGACGCGCGUCUCCUUCCACGACAGAACGGAACUGGGGAGGUGACGGCCAGGGGGAGAAGCUCCAGGGAGCCUGGUGCCGGGCGACCCGGGAUGCCGGUGACUCAGCCUGCUCCCAUAACAGAGGAGGCAGCAGUGAUUAAUUGAGCACGAGGCGGGCGCGGCCCGCGUUACUUGGUCAUACUCGAGAGCCAGCCGAGCUUGAACAGAGACGAUGCAGACGAGUCUUCCUCUUCGCUGACGAGCUGUCGGAACAGCGAGCCAGGCUGCGACGGGUCACCAGCUUGGGAGAGGGCCGGAGCGGCCACCUGUCAUUAGAUGCAGAGAUGUCUCUCAGGCCCCGGCCGGCCAGCCCAGCACGCCCGGGGCUCCGGGCAAGACCUGACAGGGACACGGGGGCGCAGAGAGGUCCCUUCUGGGACAGGUGGAGGCAGGCGAGGGUAGGAGAAGGGCGGCGUCUCCGCCUCCGUGCCGCGUCCUGUCCCUCAGGGGCAGAACCGAGCACUGUGGGGAGAGGUCAGCCAGGCUGGACAGCGUGUAUGAGAAGCUUCCGCUGCCACCUCAAGGUUUGGGCCAGGGCGUGGCGGCCUUGCGGAUGCUCAGGGCGGUAGGUAAGGCAGAGUGUGCUAGCAGCGCCCUACUCAGCAAUAAGGCAGCGCCCCGGGGCCGAGACACCCCGGCAGGCGAGAGGACGCAGCCCCCCGGGAGCCGACGUGUGGAAACGCAACGCGAGGAGGCGGAUUUCUUCCUUCCCCACCUGCCUGGGAGAACCGGACGACGGGGGAGCCUGACCCCUGAAAGACGAGCCCCCCUCUUCCGAGUAAGCCCGGGGCAAGCCAGGGCCGGCCGUGGACUCGGGCGGCUGCAAAUGAGCUCGUUUCCGUCCUGGGGGGUGGCCCCGCGCCCCCGCCGGCGGCUCUGCCGGGGAGACCUUGUACUGUGUGUAUCGCGCCACCAUUAAAGCAGCAUUAGAGAUCA